AUGAUGAUCCUUACUAUUCUAUUUGUACACCCAACAGCCUAUGAGAGGAGAGUGUCAAACAGAAAUUCAAGCGCGUUGAAAUGCCGCUCCUCACUGUCUUUCUCUGAUGAUGACACUACAAAACCAACCUCGCUAUCUUUGCCCCAAGAGGGAAGGAGGGCACUCGUUGCUUCUCUCCUUUCUGCUGCUGUCGGAAUUUAUGUCUGUGAUGUGGCCGAGGCUGUUAGCACGAGUAGAAGAGCUCUUAGAGCAUCAAAAAUACCGGAGAGUGACUUCAAAAGCCUCUCCAAUGGUCUGAAGUACUAUGACUUUAAGGUCGGAGGUGGACCUAAGGCCGUGAAGGGAUCCCGGGUUGCAGUUCACUAUGUUGCCAAGUGGAAGGGAAUCACGUUUAUGACUAGUAGGCAAGGACUUGGUGUUGGAGGUGGAACGCCUUAUGGAUUUGAUGUGGGUCAAUCUGAGAGGGGAGCAGUCCUUAAAGGAUUAGAUCUUGGGGUUGAAGGCAUGCGUGUAGGAGGCCAGCGUCUGCUAAUAGUUCCUCCUGAGCUGGCAUAUGGUAGUAAGGGAGUGCAGGAAAUUCCUCCAAAUGCAACCAUAGAGCUGGAUGUUGAACUGCUGGCCAUCAAGCAAAGCCCAUUCGGGUCUUCCGUAAAAGUUAUUGAAGGUUAA